GAAUAUUCCGGCUACGGUGUUGUUCAUCUCUAUACGCAAUGUCCGUAUCUCCGAUCAUCGCCGUCACGUUUUCCACGAAAAGCCCUGAUCGGAAGCGAUUCUCUUUCGCUUGAGUUUUGUUUUGCCUCCCAAGCUAUUCCUUUUUGUUUCUCCCAAGCUUUUUGUUAAUGCAAAAUUUUGUUUUUAAAUUUUGAGAGAGCUUUGAUUUUUGAGUGGCUGAGAUAAGCGCAAGAGCCUCAAAACCCUUUGAGAUUUUUAUAUUGCCGGAGUUUUCUUCUUUCCAUGCCUUUUCCGAUGAAGAUCCAACCGAUCGAUAUCGAUUCCGAGACGCUCCGGAUCGACACGGCGGCCAAGCCGGUGAUGAAAUCCCGGCUCCGACGGCUGUUUGACCGGCAGUUCCCCAGCGUGCUUAAAAUCUCCUCGACCGAAAAGCCUCCCGCCGGCAGCGAUUUCAACAAGGACGUCGGAGGAGGAGCGAUCGCCGCCGCCGCAGAGUUCGAGCCGACCUCGGUGUGCCUGGCGAAGAUGGUUCAGAAUUUCAUUGAGGAAACCAACGAGAAGCAGCAUCCGACGAAAUGUGGCCGGAACCGCUGCAAUUGCUUUCACGGAAACAACAAUGACAGCUCCGACGACGAGCUCGACUUCUUCGGCGGCGAGUCCACCACCGGCGGUUCCUUCGGCGGCGACGCUUCUGAUAUCCUCAAGAGCCUGAUUCCAUGCGUGAGCGUCGCCGAGAGAAACCUCUUAGCCGACACGGCGAAGAUCGUCGAGAGUAGCAAGAAUCUGAAGCAGAAAGACGAGCUCAGAAAUAUCGUCACCGACGGCCUCUGCUCUCUCGGCUACGACUCCUCCGUCUGCAAAUCCAAGUGGGACAAGUCACCGUCCUUCCCUGCCGGUGAAUACGAGUACAUCGAUGUGAUUGUGGAGGGGGAGAGGUUGUUGAUCGACAUCGAUUUCCGAUCGGAAUUCGAGGUGGCGCGUCCCACUGGGGCCUACAAGGCCGUCCUCCAAUCCCUGCCGUUCAUUUUCGUCGGCAAAUCGGACCGUCUCGGCCAGAUCGUCGCCAUCGUAUCGGAGGCGGCCAGGCAGAGCCUCAAGAAGAAAGGCAUGCCGUUUCCGCCGUGGCGUAAAGCCGAGUACGUCAGGGCCAAGUGGCUCUCUCCUUGCACCACCAGAACCACCACGACGCCGAAGCUAAAAAACGACGUCGUCCCGGCGCCGGAGAGUGCUGCCGUCAGUUCAGAUGAUCGGACUGACCACCUGAGCGAGUGCGGAGAGUUUGAGUUGAUCUUCGGCGAGGACGCCGUGAAUUCGACCGAUCCGUCGCCGGAAGUUGAGGCGAAAGUGACCGGAAAUUCAACGGCGGUUGGUGCGUGGCAGCCGCCGGCGGUCAAGCCGAAGAGCGUUGAGAGAGGAGCGAGGAUCGUGACCGGUUUGGCUUCGCUGCUAGCAGCAAAACCGUGAAACAAAUUUUGGAUUUUUUUUUUGUUUUGGUUUCUAAUUUUCCCCCAAACGACAAAAAAAAAUGAAGAUAAAUAUAAUAUAAGGAAAAAAAAAAAAGCAUAAUCGGCGUCGGAAUAGAAGAGUAGUAGUACUGGGACUUGGUACAGGCUUUUUAACUUUUCCUUUUUCUCCCACUUUCCCUUCCUUUUUGGUUAGCAAGGGCACAUUUGUAAGAACCAAGUAAAUCUUCUUUGGACCUUAUUAUCUCCCAUAUGCAAUAAAUAAAUAAAUAGUAAAAAAAAAAGAAUUAAUAUUUCUUCGAAUCUACCUAAGAUUUUCCGGCGCUUCUGCGAUCGAAAAUCUUACAGUGUUUCACAGUAUGAAAUUCUAAAACAUAUUUUUGUAAAC